AGCCCGGGCGCCCGGCCGCCUCCCCACCCGCGGCGUGCCCGCCACCCGCCACCCGCCGGCCGCCGGCCGCCACCCGCGCCGUCGAGGACGCCGAGGACGCGUCGCGCUCGCGGACCCCCUCCCGCCCGGCCGCGGGUCUUGGCGCAUGACAUCAUCGGGCACCCGGCCAGCGUGGAGUUUAGCAACACACCCGGGCGCUUGGGAAGCAAACGACCGGUCAUGCUUCUCCCGGGCAUUUUCUGCACUGGGGAUGCUUCCCAGGAAUAACUGUUUCUGUAAGGACAGAGCGAGAAGUGCUGGUGCAGAAGAGCCGGCCAUGCCCUCUCCAAAGCCGGGCUAUAUCACGCAGGUCGUGUUUACACUGACAGACAGUCCGCAGCAUCGUCUCGGCGCAGAGAAACAAGGUUUGGAUGAGAAGCUCUACAAAACGGGUGGGCAGCUUUUCUUCUCUCUCCUCUCCGUUUCCCCGCGGAGAAGGAAUGUCAGCGAGAGACUAUGAAGCAGACAGUAGUUGGCCACAGAAAACGUAGAAGGGCCUGAAAAAUCAUCUAUUUUAAUUAAAAUGGGAAGUAAGGAGAGAAUGUGAGACAAUUGUACAUGUUUUUAUUCUUUUAUCAACUAUUUCUGGGCAGCGAAUGCGUUGUGGGACUGUGACAGACAGGGGGUAAUAAACUCCAGCUGCUCAUAGUCUAGCUGGGAACGACAAUCUGAAAAAUAGAAACAAAGAAUGGGUUUGGGGAAGGACCAAGGAGUGUGGGUGAGGCAGGAAAGCGUUUUUCCUUUUUGAAUUCUGCUACUUCAUGCUUCCCCGACUUCUUAUUGGAAAUCGAAGUGCACACUCCUCACUGAGAGCCGUGGGGAGAGAAAGCCUGGGUGGCCUUUUCCAUGUCAAAGGCAGAGCUUCAGCGGGAAAACCAGCCCCCACUGGGUGUACCUGACGCAGGAGGGUGUACCUGAUGCAGGAGGCUGUACCUGACGCAGGAGGCUGUACCUGGCAGGAGGCUGUACCUGACGCAGGAGGGUGUACCUGGCAGGAGGCUGUACCUGACGCAGGAGGCUGUACCUGACGCAGGAGGGUUACCUGACCCAGGAGGGUGCACCUGACACAGGAGGCUGUACCUGACCCAGGAGGCUGUACCUGACGCAGGAGGCUGUACCUGACCCAGGAGGCUGUACCUGACCCAGGAGGGUGUACCUGACGCAGGAGGCUGUACCUGACACAGGAGGCUGUACCUGACCCAGGAGGGUGCACCUGACACAGGAGGCUGUACCUGACCCAGGAGGCUGUACCUGACGCAGGAGGCUGUACCUGACACAGGAGGCUGUACCUGACCCAGGAGGGUAUACCUGAUGCAGGAGGCUGUACCUGACCCAGGAGGGUGUACCUGACCCAGGAGGGUAUACCUGAUGCAGGAGGCUGUACCUGACCCAGGAGGCUGUACCUGACCCAGGAGGCUGUACCUGACCCAGGAGGGUGUACCUGACCCAGGGGGGUGUACCUGACCCAGGGGGGUGUACCUGACCCAGGGGGGUGCACCUGACGCAGGGGGGUGUACCUGACCCAGGAGGGUGCACCUGACCCAGGAGGGUGCACCUGACGCAGGAGGGUGCACCUGACCCAGGAGGGUGCACCUGACGCAGGAGGGUGCACCUGACCCAGGAGGGUGUACCUGACCCAGGAGGGUGUACCUGACGCAGGAGGGUGUACCUGACCCAGGAGGGUGCACCUGAUGCAGGAGGGUGCACCUGACGCAGGAGGCUGUACCUGACCCAGGAGGGUGCACCUGCUGCUGAAGGAGCUGGCCAGCUUAUCCCAACACACAGCCCGUGCCCUUGAGGCGAUGCAGGAAAGCCAGGACUAAUUCUGGAUUUUCGUUUUGAUCUGCAUGAGGGGGUGUAGAAUAGGGUGUGGGAUGUCCCUGGACUCCGUGCUGGGUCCUCUCUUUUCUGUCUGCACUCCCUCUCUUGGCUCUAUGUAUGCCCUGAGGGCACCUGCAUUUAUACCGGGCCAGGACCCUUCCCAGGAACUCCUAGCGUGUAUCAGCUCACUCCUUGAUGUCUAUCUCCAUCUCCAUGUCGCAGUGGAGCCCCUGACACAGCCCACUGAGUCUCUUCUGCUUCUCCAUUCCUGUCAUUCCAUUCUCCCAGGGGCUCGGCGAAUGCUGGCUCACGUUGUCACCACCACGCCCUGCCAGCUCUGUCUUGCCAUCCCUUUGGGAUUCCCACCACUGCCAUCACCCUGGUCUCAGCCAGCGUGUUUUCCCGGACUGCUGCUGUGCCCCUCCCUGCCCUCCCUGCCUCUGCCCUCAGCCCGCAGUCCCUUCUCUCUCCCAGCUUCCCUGCCCCUGUGAGGUGGAGCAUGAGGUGCCGCGUGGUGCCCUCUUUCCCAGAGUAGAAGCCUCAGUGUCAGAAAUGUCUCUCUGGUUUCUCUCCUCUCUGCGGGCCCCAGCUUCCCCCCUGCCCCGCCCCUCCUUGCUUACUCCCAGGCCUGGCUCCUCCGCCCUCCACACUGCCAAGCCCUCGCCUGCCCCAGGAUCUUUGCACAGGUCGCUCCCUCACUCUAGGCUUUUCCCUGUUGGUCAGGGGCCCAUCAGCAAACAGCUGGGCCCUCUGAACUGAGAACUCGGGAGGAUUUAUGCACGAGGCGUGGAGGGGGCCGCGUGGGUUGUGCAGUCAGUCACCUGGGACUUGUAAGCAGCCCGCUCUGAGCCGGGGAGGGCUGUGUUUGUCCCACUGUGUGAGCCCCUGUGCUGCUGGGAAAACCAUUCACAGGGCAUUUCCUGUGCCGAGCUGCCCCCAGGCCCAACCUGCUGCCUGUGAGCCGCGGGAGAGGCAGGCCUUCAGGCAACACAGUCCCGGUGGUUCCCGGGUUUUGCCACCACACCCAGACCACGGAAAUGCGUCCUUCCUCAGUACUUACAUACUUCACUUGUGCUUUAUGACAGCUUUUAUUCUUUAAUUUCUGCUUACCCUUAAUGGGGAGGCAGCUUCUAACUUUGGGUUUUCCAUUUCUCUCCCCUGUGACUUAAUUUUGCAACAUGUAAAAUAUCGGCUCUGGCAGACGCCGCCUUUUUGUAAACACGCUAAACAGGCCUUUCACGCGGAGGACAUGGGGCUGUGUGCCUGUCACCUCCUGAAUCCUCCGCCUGGAAAUUCACGGGAAACCAGAACCUAUGGCGCCCAUGGCAGUCUUUCAGGCAACAUUCCUCUUGGCAUUGCUGCCUUUGAGUGCUUACCAGAGCGAAGUCUCGUCCGAACCUUUAUCGCUGAAUGUGUCCAUCAGUUCCGCACAGCAGCGUUUGCAUCUACAAUGGAGUGUCCACAACCUGACUCAUCCGGAAUUGAAAAUGGCUUUUCAGAUCGAGAUCAGUAGAAUUAAAAAAUCCAAUGUCAUCUGGGUGGAGAACUAUAGCACCACUGUGCAGCAGAACCAGACCCUGCACUGGACAUGGGAAUCCGAGCUGCCUCUGGAAUGUGCGACGCACUUUGUAAGGAUACGGGGGAAGGAGGAUGACACCUGGGCCGCCCAGCAGAGGGUCUGGAGCAGCUGGAGCUCGUGGGUGAAAGUGGAUGCUCAGAGUUUGCUUGGACAAGGCCCGCCGCAUAUUUUCCCUAUAGAUAAGCUGGUGGAGGAGGGAUCCAAUGUCACCAUCUGUUACGUUUCUAGGCACAAUGAGAGUAACGUAUCCUGUCUCUUGCAUGGCCAACGGAUCCCCAGAGAGCAGCUGGACACACACGUGUCUGUGUUCACCUUGACGAAUGUUUCCUUCAUUAGUACCUGGGGGUCAAACCUCUACUGUGAGAACGACCCAGACAUCAUAACCGGCGCCGAACCGGGCACGGUUCUCUUUGUCUCCAAAGUACUUGAGGAGCCCAAGGGCUUUUCUUGUGAGACUCGGGACUUUGGGACUUUGAACUGCACUUGGGAUCCUGGGAGCGACACUGACGUGUGGAAAUACCCCUCCCAACGCUACGCUUUAUUUGAAUCAUUUUCUGGGAAAAAGAAAUCCUGUGAACAAAAAAACUGGUGUACUUGGCAAGUAGCUCAAGACUCACAAAUGUAUAACUUCACACUCAUAGCUGAAAACUACUUCAGGAAGAGGAGUGUCAAUCUUCUCUUCAACCUGGCGCACCGAGUUCACCCAAUGACUCCCUUUAAUGUGUUAUUUGAAAGUGUAAGCACCACAAAUGCCACCAUGACCUGGAAGGUCCAUUCCCUGGGGAAUUUUUCCACGUUUUUGUGUCAGGUUGAACUCCAUGGCGAAGGAAGAGCGAUACAACAGCACAAUGCUUCCAGCCAGGUGGACGGUCAGUACUUCUUCAGCGGCCUGGCCCCCGCCACAGAGUAUGCGGCCCGAGUGCGCUGUGCUGCCAAGCACUUCUGGAAAUGGAGUGAAUGGGCUGGCCAGAACUUCAGCACACUCCAAGCUGCUCCCUCUAAGGCUCCUGAUGUCUGGAGAAGCGUGAGGUCAACGCUGGGAUCUUGUAAUGUCACUUUAUUCUGGAAGCCACUGUCCAAAUCGCAGGCCCAUGGGGAGGUUCUGUUCUACAGUGUAGCUACAGAAAACCAGGACAGACUGUCCAGCUCAAAGCUCUUCUCCAUCCCUGCUCCGGCCAACGGCACAGAACUAAGCCUUGAUGGGUGCUCGCACCAAAUCCGCGUCACCGCCAGCAACGGUGCGGGAGCGUCUCCCGAGUCUGUGAUGGUCAUCGCCGGGGACCCUGGGAACCAAACAGCAGAGGUUAAAGAAGAAAGAAUUCGAGGCACAGAGGACGGAGUCUCUAUGUCCUGGAAACCGCCAGCUGGAGAUGUCAUAGGCUACGUGGUGGACUGGUGUGAUGGUCCCCAGGAGUUGUCCUGCGAUCUCCAGUGGGAAAACCUGGGCCCCAAUGCCACUAGCACCGUCAUCAGCUCAGAUGCUUUCAGACCAGGGGUCCGAUACAACUUCAGGAUUUAUGGAAUUUCUCCAGAAAGGACGGCCUAUUUAUUGGCGAGAAAGACAGGAUACUCCCAGGAACUAGCUCCUGCAAACAACCCUCGCGUGUACAUAAGCAACCUGACAUUGCACUCCUUCACUCUGAGUUGGACGGAUUACGCCACUGACUCCCAGCCUGGUUUCAUCCAAGGGUACCGCGUCUACCUGCGAUCCAAGGAGGAGCAGUGCCCCCCGGGGUUCACAAAGGCAGUCCUCCCAGAUAACUCAGUAUGUUGCAAACAUGACAUCGACAACCCAGAGCAAAAGACAUUUGUUGUGGAGAACCUGCAGCCGGGAUCCUUCUACGAGUUCCUGGUCACUCCGCGCACGAGGGCCGGUGAGGGCCCGGCCCACCCCUUCGGCAAGGUCACCACCCGUGAGCAGCACGCCCAUGCACUGAUCCGCAUCAUCCUCCCCAUGGUUUUCCUCCUCCUGCUCCUCACGGUCUUGUGCUAUGUGAAGAGUCAGUGGAUGAAGGAGACGUGUUAUCCUGACAUUCCAGACCCAUACAAGAGCAGCGUCCUGUCCUUACUAAAACCCAAGGAGAACGCCCACCUGACAAUCAUGAGUGCCCAUGACUGCAUCCCCGACAAGCUGGAGGUUGUGAACAAGCCCGAGGGGAUUAAGGCCCAGUUCCCAGGCGCCAGGAAGUCGCUGGCAGAAACAGACUGCACUAAGCACGACUACAUUUACCUCCUGCCCACGGAGAAGAGCUCCGCGGGCCCGGGCCCUGGCAUCUGCUUUGAGAACUUGACCUACAAUCAGGCAGCCCCUGACGCUGGGUUCUGUGGCCCCGUCCCAGCACCCCACACAGCCCCCCCAGGGCUGGGGGACCUGCUGACUGCACCUGGGAAUUUGCUGAGGUCCCUAGAGCCGAGCUACAUGAACUCCCCGGGGGAAACCCCAGCCGGAGAGACCACUCUGAAUUACGUGUCCCAGGUGGCCUCACCCACAUCUGGGCACAAGGACAGUCCCCCAACAAAUUCCCUGGAGCUAGCACCCUGUUCUGAGUACAGAAUGCAAAUGGCCGUCCCCCUGGGCCUUGCCUCACCUUCCCCGAAUGAGAAUCGCAGUCUGUCCUCCAUGAGCCUUUUGGAUCCAGGCGAACACCGCGGCUAAGCAUACAUCCCUUUCACACUUUCAUGGGGUUACAGAGACACCCGAGAAGCACGGCCGGCCCCACCCCAUCGCCAGGCCCCCACGGCGGGCAGGUCUGCGUCAGACAAGAUCACUGCCAUCGCGCUAGGUUUCCAAGUUCAGAAGCCAUGAAACUGACCUCCCUCCCUCGCAGCAGGCUCGCUGUGGAAACGCCCGCGUUGUGGGAGCGGGGACCCUGCUUACCUGAUGGCUGCAUGUCCCAGGCUCGCCUUGUAACAGCCUCCCUGGCCCCCCUCGCAGGGGCAGACCCCAUCCUUGCAGUCCCGGGCAGGGCGGCUCCGGUCCUGGAAUUCAGCCUGUAACCAGAAAGGUUUCCAUUAAGUUCCACCCCCACAUUUCCUAACUUAAGGGUAAAGGAGCCAGAUUGAAGCCUUUAAUUGAAAAGGCUACCGGCGUUUCGUUCCUAGAGCCUGCGUUGUCAGUGUUUACUUCUUCUAGGUGCAUUUCAUGAAAAUGUCACAGAUGUCUGAGACCGACACAGGUUGGACUUGUCUCGCAGUGACAAGAACUGGCCGUGCAUCGGCGCAGUAAAAACUCCUGGGGGCGCAGGCCUUGUCUAACAGGUGAGACAGUGCACGUGUCGGGAAGACCCCCACCCUGUCCUCUCACUCACCACCGUCAGAGGGACUCCCAGUGUCAGGAUAACGGCGCUGCUGCUUGGUGGACGCCGGUCUGCCACCGGAAUUGUUGAUGACUACCUCAGAGAGAGGAAAGCGCAGCAUUGCGUAGUUCCGUUUACUUCCCAUGGUUCCUCUUUUCUUUCAAGAACUGCCAGGUACGUGGCCUGUGUUCAUGUGGCAUCCUUCGGACUGUGCAGCAGGUGGUCAGGGCCAAGUACCCCCUCCCUCUCAUCUAUAUGUCUGCAUUAGUAAGUGAAGCCACGCUGCGGACCCGUUUGGGCAGAGCUCCUAGAGGCCACCUGGAGGGAACUCGCUUCCGGCUCAGCAGCCUCGUCUCCUUGAACCUGUGGACGCGAAGCCGCGCAGCAGGUGCUCCGUGCACGCAGCUCCUUCCUCUGCCUCCUGCCCGUCAGCCGCAAUGUGGGUCGAUCAUGUUUCUAAACAAGCACACCUGGGGGUGCCGUUUGCCUAAUGAAGACGGCACUGCCUCUGCCUCGGGUACCCCACGCCCCGCACUCCACGCUCAACCCCACGGAGAGAGGGAGGAAAGGACCCGCCUAAAGCCAGGUGGCUGUCAGCUGGCCUCCAUGGACCUGCACGCACCAGGGCUUCUGUUCGGGCUCUUCAACGCUGUGCUCGCAUGUAUCUAAGCCUUUUCCUAACACCGUACCAACGAGUAUCUCGGUUAGUAAUUCCGAGAGGACCUUGGGUUCAGUGUUGUCAUUUACCCUCGUGUUCCUUUGUCACGACGCAAUCGUAAAAGCCCACAGAGAUGUCAGUGGCAGUGAUGACUGACUUGUAAACAGUCCUUCAUAGUUUAAAAAAAUAAUGCAUGCCCUGGAAGUCGUUUUUGUUGUAACAAGCUCUCAUUAAAGAGUUUCACCACUGUU